UAUUCAAUGUGUGACCAUGAGUACUAAUCAUGUGACUCGUAUCACAACUGAAGAGGCGCAAAAGCAAAAACUCUGCAGCCCCAUUGCACAGACAAGUACUUAAAUUUACAUUCCCACCGCUAAUCUUUCUUGCCAUUCACCACAAGCUCAUAUUCUCCAUACCUAGGUACCUAUCUAGGCCUACUCCACUACUAAACCACAUUCUUUCAAUUCACCGUUCUCCAACCGGUAACCCUCCCGGGGAGGAAGAGAAAUCGAACCAUCUUCAAGAUGUCAUUCAGCGACCUACCCUUCGAGCUACGCAUCAUGAUCUGGGAACUUGUGCUUCCAGACAAGAAGCAGGAGAUAUGCAUCCCAUGGCCGUUACAAGAAGAAGCACCGCCGGACGCAUUCAUCCGGCCGCCGCGCUCCCCUCGGAAAUUCCUCGAGCCGUUCCUCGUCGACACGGAUUUUCCCGUGCUCAUGCACGUGUGCCGCGAGUCGCGCGGGUUCGCCAUCGCGCGCACGCGGUUCCGGCACUCGCUCGUGGCCGGGUGCCCCGUGCCGUUCCGCGCCUUCGACCCGGACCUGGACAUCAUGUACUACUCGCGGUGCCGGCCGCCGAUCGGCCCCGACGACUAUAAGUGGGGUGACUUCCCCCGGGCCCUCAAGCACUUGGCGGUCGACGUGCACACCCUCCGCGACGGCUCCUACUUCGCCGAGGCCUUCUGCCAGCACUUUCACCUCAGGACUAUUACUUGCAUCCUGCCCGCGCCCGGCGCCAUCGUCCUUACGUCCGCGCGGUUUCGCCCGCCCUACAGACGAUGUCGUCUGCGCGCCGUGGAGCAGCCUACUACUAGUGGCUCGCAGAGCCACUUUAUCCAUGUGGAUAGCGGCAACUACAGACGCUUGUGCAGCAUAUCGCGGUUUCUGGAAGAGGUGCGCGACCACAUCGAUGACGGGUUCCUGAGUUACAUCCGGGACGACGGCUUGAUGCACCCGAAUUUCCGGCCCCGGUGGAACGCGGAAGAGCAGAAGUACGACUUCGAACUUGACGCGGCGAUGUUCGAGGAGUAUCGUGGUGGAAGCUGGGACCUGAGUUCGAAACACCGUGUUCGCUUCGACGCGCAGUACGUCAGAUUCCCCGACGAGCGGGUGGCGAUUCAACGGGUCAAGUCGUACAAGGUCAGCGAGGAGGAGAAGUGGACGCCCUUGAGAAACCCGGAGACGUUUCGCGUCAAUGAUAUUCAGCAGGAUGAGGUGGAGUUUGAGACGGAGUCAUCGGAGGAUAUUCAUAUGGGAAUGAGUAAGCUCGCGGUGUGAUUUAGAUCCGCAAACAAUGCGCUGUUAAUGUCAAGAGAUACAUCAACGAUU